CGCUCUCUUUCACUCUUUCACUUGCUAAGAGAAAAGCAAGAACGAGAGAAGAGCCCCUACCUUAUAUAUACAUUUUUUUUUUCUCUCAUCUCUUAUUCUCCGCCCUUUCUUUCUUAACUAGCAAGUAGCCAUGAAGCUGCUUGGUUGGAUGCACCGCAAGCUCUGGCCGAACAACGGCGGCGAUGGGUUUAAGGAUUUUGGGGGCGGCGGCGCGUGUAUCUGCAUCGGCGGGCGGACAUCGCCCGAUGGGGAUCUUCACCGAUGCCGGCGCCGAGAAUACGAGCCGUUUCAUGCUCGCGCGCGAGGCCUCGGUCCCGAUGCGGAGGAGUCGUAUGAGGGAGGCGGCGGCGGGGAACCGGCGGUGGAGGAGAUCUUCGAGGGUUUUCUCGCCAUCGGAACCUUAGGAGUCGGGUCAUGGUCGAUCGAGGAGGAGGACGAAGCGUCAAUCGAGGAAGCGCAGAAAGAGACGGUGGGCGGCGAGGAGCUCGUCGUCGUGCGGGCGGCGCUGGAGACGAUCGCGGAGAAGGAGGCGGAGGCGACGACGAAGACGGACCUGAUGGUGGUGGAGACGGAGCUGGAGAAGGUACUGGCGGCGGAGGCGGAGAGGGACCGCGGGAGGAGGUCCUCCGCGGCCCGAUCCAGCCACGCCGGGUCGUCAUCGUCUGCGGCGGCUGCUUGCCCGCUGCAGGGAUUCCUGUUCGGGUCGUCGUCCGAGGUGGCGGGGGCGAUCGAGGCCGAGGUGGCGGAUGUAGCGGUGGCCGGGAGCAGCCGGAAGGCGCAGCGGACGUCGCUAGCGGAGCUGUUCCUGAUGAGCCGCAUCGCGGAGGAGGCCGCCGGCCGAGAGAAGGCGGCGGCGGGUGUUGGAAACGCCGCGGACUGGGAGGAGAAGGCGACGUCCGAGAUCCAACUUCUGACUAAGAGGAUGACGAAGCGCCGCCGCUGGAAGGGAUCGGACGGUGCCGACGCAGCAGAUGGAUCGACGGCGGAGACGACGAUUCAAAAGAUACUUCAAAUGUUCCACAGAAAGGUUCACCCACAGAACACCAACAGUACCAGAAGAUCCUGCAAGACUGGCAAGAUUGAGAAGAAACACUAUGUGCCACUGAUCGGAGGCAAGGCCAUGAAACUGAAAGAUGAACGCAGAAAAGAGAUCAUAGAUAACUUGAGUGGCAGUGACAUGAACGUUGACCAAGGGCACUGGAUCAAGACUGAUGCAAACUAUGUGGUGCUGGAGCUGUAGAAGGUGAAGAAUCCAUGAUUUCUCUGUGAGAUAGAAUUGCCUAGCAAAGUCUUUAUCUAAUAGUAAUCUAAAGGUAUGGUGUUUUGUGAAAGUGAGCAGCAAUGUCUUCAUUAUGUGGUAGUUCCUUUCUGUGGCAGCAGAGAAUUUAUAUUUUCAGUGAGAAUGCAUCAUGUAUGUGCUUGAAUAAAAAGUGAAUAAAGUGCAUUGUUUAGUACAA